AUGCAUCUCGUGCCGAAAGAGCUUGAUAAGCUUGUCAUUUCUCAGCUGGGGUUCCUGGCGCAGAAACGGCUUGCCAGAGGCGUGAAGCUCAACCAUGCUGAAGCAACGGCCCUCAUCACGAGCAACUUGCAAGAACUCAUCCGUGAUGGAAACCACACCGUCUCAGACCUCAUGGGUCUCGGUUCGACCAUGCUCGGGCGUCGCCACGUCCAGCCUUCCGUCUGCAGUACACUUCACGAGAUCCAGGUAGAAGGCACCUUCCCCUCAGGCACCUACCUCGUUACCGUCCAUAACCCCAUCGCCACGGAUGACGGGAAUCUCGCCCGCGCCCUGUAUGGCUAUGUACCGCGCAUGCCCUCUAACGAUGAUUUCCCUCUACCGGAGCCCGCCGAGUUCGAGCCGACGGCGCAGCCUGGCGCUCUUGUUGCUGUCAAGGACGUCAAGGUCACCCUCAACGCUAACCGCAAGCACAUCACGCUGCGCGUCACGAGCAGGGGUGACCGCCCCAUACAAGUGGGAAGCCACUACCACUUCAUCGAGACAAAUCCGCAGCUCGAAUUUGACCGCGCGAGGGCCUACGGCUUCCGCCUUGCCAUUCCCGCUGGCACAUCGGUGCGCUUUGAGCCAGGUGACAUGAAGACCGUCACACUUGUUGAGAUUGGGGGCAACCGGGUCAUUCGUGGAGGCAACGGACUGGCUACUGGCGGAGUGGAACUCUGGCGCGCCGGUGAGAUAGUAGAAAAGCUGCAACAGGCAGGCUUUGCGCACCAGCCCGAACCAGUGGGUGACAUGGGUCACAUCAGCGCCUUUGAGAUGAACAGGGUGGCUUAUGCGACCAUGUUUGGGCCGACGACGGGAGACAGGCUGAGACUGGGAAGUACUAAUCUUUGGAUCAAGGUUGAACAGGACUUCACAGUCUAUGGAGACGAGUGCAAGUUUGGCGGUGGCAAGACGCUGCGUGAGGGCAUGGGACAGGCUACGGGCCGCCCAGACUCGGAAUCGCUCGAUAUGGUUGUGACCAAUGCGCUCAUUGUCGACUGGAGCGGCAUUUACAAGGCUGACAUCGGCGUCAAGCACGGCAUGAUCGUGGGUAUUGGCAAGGCGGGCAACCCAGAUGUCAUGGACGGCGUGACGCCGAACAUGGUGGUCGGCAGCUGCACAGAUGUCGUCGCUGGAGAGAACAAGAUCAUCACAGCAGGCGGUAUCGAUACGCACAUUCACUUCAUCUGCCCGCAGCAGACAUCGGAAGCGAUCGCAUCUGGCGUGACGACCAUGUUGGGUGGUGGAGUUGGCCCGAGCGCUGGCACGAGCGCAACGACAUGCACGCCUGGCAAGCACUAUAUGCGCCAAAUGCUACAGGCAUGCGAUAACCUUCCCCUGAACAUUGGUAUUACCGGCAAAGGAAACGACAGCGCACCAGAGGGCCUUCGCGAUCAAGUCAACGCCGGCGCCUGUGGACUCAAACUGCACGAAGAUUGGGGUUCCACACCUGCAGCAAUCGAUACCUGCCUGUCGGUUUGUGAUGAGCUCGAUGUGCAGUGUCUCAUCCACACGGAUACGCUGAACGAGUCUGGUUUCGUCGAGUCCACCAUUGGCGCCUUCAAGAACCGGACCAUUCACACGUAUCACACCGAAGGGGCAGGCGGCGGUCAUGCGCCAGACAUCAUCUCCGUCGUCGAACACCCCAACGUCCUGCCUUCUUCUACCAACCCCACGCGCCCCUACACUCGCAACACGCUUGAUGAGCACCUCGACAUGCUCAUGGUCUGUCACCAUCUCUCGAAGAACAUUCCCGAGGACGUCGCGUUUGCCGAGUCUCGCAUCCGCGCCGAGACCAUUGCUGCCGAAGAUGUCCUCCACGACCUCGGCGCCAUCAGCAUGAUGAGCUCCGAUUCCCAGGCCAUGGGCCGCUGCGGCGAAGUCAUCUUGCGCACCUGGAACACGGCGCACAAGAAUAAGGACCAGCGCGGCACCCUGCCCGAGGACGAGGGCACCGACGCAGACAACUUCCGCGUCAAGCGAUACGUCAGCAAGUAUACCGUCAACCCAGCCAUCGCCCAGGGCUUCAGUCACCUCAUCGGCAGCGUAGAGGUUGGCAAGCUGGCCGAUCUUGUCGUCUGGGAUCCCGCGUGGUUCGGAACCAAGCCGAGCCUCGUUAUUAAGAGUGGGAUGAUCGCAUGGGCGCAAAUGGGCGACCCCAAUGCUUCCAUUCCAACCAUCCAACCCAUCAUCGGCCGCCCCAUGUUCGCGCCGCUGGUCCCCAACACGUCUGUCCUCUUUGUCUCAGCCUCGUCCAUUGAGUCGGGCGCCAUCGCAUCGUACGGCUUGCGCAGCCGCGUCGAGGCCGUGCGUAACUGCCGCAACAUUGGCAAGAAGGACAUGCGCUACAACGACUCGAUGCCGCGGAUGCGUGUGGACCCGGAGCAGUACGUCGUCGAGGCCGACGGCGUCGUCUGCGAGGCCGAGCCGGCCGAGAGGUUGCCGCUGACGCAGCAGUUUUACGUGUACUGA